AUGACGGACAAGAUCGUCGACCGAUCCGAGAUUGAAGAUGUCCCCAUUGACACUGUCGAGAAGGAGAUCCAGGAAGUCAACAGCCUGAGUCUCAAAGGCGAAGCUCAGGAAAUUGAUCGUGCGCGGGAGAAGAAGCUUCUCUGGAAGACCGACCUCAACUUGAUCCCGAUUCUCUUUCUUCUUUUUCUCUGCGCUUUCAUUGACCGAAUCAACAUCGGCAAUGCGCGCAUUCAAGGCCUCGAGGAAGAGCUCAACAUGAGUGGCUCAGACUACAACAUCGCACUAUUCAUGUUCUUUAUUCCUUAUAUCCUCCUGGAAGUCCCCUGCAACCUGAUUCUCAAGAAUGUCCGGCCCUCGAUCUUCAUCUCAUCCAUUAUGGCCGGCUGGGGUGUGAUCACCGUCUGCCAAGGAGUCACUGAAUCCUUCGCUGGCCUCGUCGUUUGCCGAGUUAUCAUCGGCGCCCUGGAGGCCGGGUUUUUCCCAGGAUGUCUCUAUUUGAUCUCAAUGUACUACAAGCGUCACGAACUCCAAUGGCGAUUCAAUCUCUUCUUUUCCGCGUCCAUUAUUGCCGGUGCAUUUAGCGGCCUCCUCGCCUAUGCUAUUGCACACAUGGACGGCAUCGCUGGGUACGGUGGCUGGCGCUGGAUUUUCAUUCUCGAGGGCAUCUUCACCGUGGUUGUGUCUGUGUUUUCAUACUGGAUUGUUCCCGAUUGGCCAGAGACGGCCAAGUUCUUGAAAAACGAUGAACGAGAACUUCUCAUUCGUCGCUUGGCCACGGAUGUUGAAGAAGCUAAUAUGAGCCAUUGGAACAAGACGACGGCUAAGCGUGUCUUUAGUGAUAUCAAGAUCUACCUUGGCAUUGGCAUGUAUCUGGGUAUUGUCACCACCGGUUAUAGCGGUGCCUUCUUCACCCCGACCAUUCUCAAACAGCUGGGCUGGACAUCAAUCCGUGCACAGGUCAUGUCUAUCCCAAUCUAUGUUUUCGCCACCGUUUGCGCUCUCACAUGCGCCAUGGCAAGCGACAAAAUACGCCAUCGUUUUGGAUUCAUUGUUACCGGCUGUCUGGUCGCCACUAUCGGAUAUGCGAUAUUGUUGAAUAUGCAUUCAGUCGCCGUCGGUGUUCGAUAUUUUGCCCUGUUUGCCGUUAUUGGUGGCGGAUAUAUUGCCCAGCCAAUUACUCUCGUUUGGUUGAACAACAAUGUCUCCGGGCACUAUAAACGAAGUGUGAGCUCUGCUAUGAUGGUUGGCUGGGGUAAUUGUGGUGGUAUCGUUGCAUCGAACAUGUUUGUCACUAGUCAGGCACCGGAAUAUCCGCUCGGAUUCGGUUUGGGAUUGGGUCUGAUAUGGUUGUGCGUCCUCUGUUCAGUCAUAUUAUUCUUCUACAUCAGACGGGAAAACAAAUUGAGAGACCAAGGCCGAAGAGAUGAUAGGUAUAAUUUGCCAGAAGAGGAGAAGAGAAAUAUGGGAGACGAUCACCCGGCUUUCCGCUUCACCUAUUGA